AGCAACGAUAUGUAGACGAACAUACAGCGCACCUUCCCACCGAGUUUUUGUUUGCCUGCGCGACUAGUUGGGUCCUUUGAAUUGUACAUAAAAGUGAGCUAGACUGUACUGAGGGGAACAUAAGGAGACGACGGAGGCGCUUCAGCCAGGAAAGAAGUGCCGUGAGAAAGAUACCGUCUCUCUCUUUCUCUCUCUCUCACACACACACACACACUAUACCACAGCCGCGCCCGGAUCACAUCCUACAGCACAGCGCUCUCCCUGCUCUCCUGCUAUAGCAUGGCCAGUUCGAGUAAAGCGACUUUAAUCUUGCUCAUCUACGGAAUCUUAAUGCACUACAGCGUCUUCUGCACACCUAUCGGACUAAGUUACCCUAAGAUUAGACUUGAAAACGACGCCUUCGAUGAGGAUGGGAAUUCAUUAUCCGACAUGGGUUUUGAUAGCGAUCAGAUUGCUAUACGAAGCCCACCAUCCCUAAACGACGACGCGUACACCCUAUACUACCCAGCAGAGAAAAGACCAGAAAGGCAUGCUGAGGAAGAAUUAGAUAGAGCCUUGAGGGAGAUCCUGGGUCAGUUAACAGCGAGACAUUAUCUGCAUUCUCUGAUGACAAUUCGUGCAGGUGAAGACAACAGCAUGGAGGACGAGUCAGAGCCCUUAUCCAAAAGACAUUCAGAUGGGAUCUUCACCGACAGCUACAGCCGCUAUAGAAAGCAGAUGGCCGUGCAGAAAUACCUGGCAGCGGUUCUGGGAAGAAGGUACAGACAGAGAGUUAGGAACAAAGGACGUCGACUGGCCUAUUUGUAGCGUUGUUAAAGCGCCCAAACUGCCCUCCUGUGUAUAUACAUCCAGUCGUUAAAUCAAAGUCAUUCAGAUAUAUCUGACCAACCAGUGGAUUGCGCCUGUGUUCUUUCAACAUGUAUUUAUGUAUGAAGUAAAGCCAUUAAAAUGAAUAUUUUAAUAAUAAUAUCGUUUUUUUUCUUUUUGUACAAAAGCACUUGAUACCGCACAGUUAUACUUUGUGGACCAAUAUUUUAUUUUCAUGUUCAGAUGUUGAAAACAAAACAAAAUGACUAAAAAAAAAGGAAUUAGAAAAAAGAAGAUAAUUGUGCACCUUCAACGUUAUGCGCUUGAAAUCUUUAAAGGUCAUCUACAUAUGCAGAAAAUAAAUAGAUUUUAAAAAGACAAUCAAAGUAUUGAAUGUUAUACUUAUUUUUGUAACCAACGUUCUAUUUUUUUAGUGUUGUUUGUUUUCCAAACAGGCCCAAAGAAGCAGUGAGCAUGCUAUGUGAGGCAUAUCCGGCUUAUCCUAAAUGAUAGAUGUUGCCCUUGUCCACCCUUCUCCACGCUCCCUUAAUGGGAGCUCUGUGGGUUUGUAUAGCUUGCUGCCCCUCCAGGGGAAUUCAGAUGGCUUUUGUUGUACAGCCUCUCAUUUGGUGGUUAACUGAUUGACUUACACGCUCAUUUGUGUAACUGGUGGUGGUGAAAAAAAAAAAAAUCCAACCCCUCUUUUAAACAGAAAUUUCAUCGCAGGCUUUUGAAAGGGCAUCACUGCCUUUCCUAAAGAUGAAGGAAGCACUCAAGUUGCUGUUCACAGUAUGCGGCAAACACUGCUUGCUCACUUGCCUCAAAGUCAUCCACUGUAGGAGAUCAAUCGUGCUCGACAGGACUGUUUAAAGAAUGUUCCAUAUGUGUGUGUUUUGUACAGUAUCGGAAACGACACAGUGCACAUAUUCAUCUCAGUGUUGUCUGUGUUCAGUCAACAGAACUAUUUGGAAGAAUGUGCUUCAACUGUUGAUUGUAUUUGGGCAGCACUCGGCACUCGGCUUUUUUCUUUUGAAAAGAGGUGGAGAGGAAAGGUAGCAUCUGAGUUCCAGCUAGGGAUGUUUAAUUCAUAUUUCUUAUUUAUUGGUGCAUGGUAACUGACACCUUGCUUAUUUUUUGCUAAGGCACUGCAUGCCAUCAUGCUUUUUUUUUUUUUGGAUUGUGCUAUUUGGGAGGUGGGCUGUGCUAAGCCUAUUCCAGACGUGUUGGAAAUGUGGAGAAGGAGGGCUAGAUGUGGUGGAAACUGGUACUGCACUGACUUGUUGAAUUUUUUUACCUCCCCUGCUGCUCGCAUUGUGGAUAUCAUAAGGCAAAACACUGGACUCCCUUUUUUUUGCUGAUUGCCUUUGUCCUCGUAGCAGUUUUUAAAAGAUUCUUUUGCUUCUAGAUCGCCGUGGUAAAUUGUUGAUAUGACAGUGCUGUGAUUCAGUUGUUAAGACGAAGCUGAUCUGUGUUAGAUAUGUACUGGUUGGUACUGUGCAGUGAGGAUGUGACAAAGAGAUGAGGAGAGUGUUAGGAGAGGGAGAGAGAGAGAGAGAGAGAGAGAGAGAGAGAGAGAGAGAGAGGUAUGCAUGGAGAGGAAGAGAGAGAGAGCAGGAAGCAAAGAGAGACUGUGUGUGUGUGUGUCAAAGAGAAAGCAAAGUAGGCUGUUACAUUAGAGACAGGUUACAGCACCCAUGAGCCAGAGAGAGGUUGUCACACCUGAAACGAAUAGGAGGUGGGAGCUCCGCCACUGCCGCCUCACCUCACCUGCCAAAGUUAAAUCAGGGUCAAUGAGUCUGAUGGAAAAUAUUGGACGUUGAAUUCCCUUCACUUUGGUUUCAGCUGAAGCAAGAUGCGAGUGAAGCUGGAUGAGGCCACUCAAUUGUUUCCCUCUCGCACUAGAACAGAGGUGAAUGAAAAAUUCAGCCCUCCGAGCAGAGGGAUCUUCCCACUGACUUUUAUUGGAGAGAUAUCUCAUGUAUUUAUUCAAUAUUAUGCAAAUGCAGCUUUAUGUACCCCUGCAAUCCAAUCAGUGGCCUGUGCCCCCCCCCCCCCCCAAUAGAAACUAUCAAUACACUCUUCCUUCAAUUUGGCUUUAUCCUACAGGCUUUGUGUGAAUGUGUGAGUGUGUGUGUGUGUGUGUGUGCGCGCAUGUGUGUGGAUGUUGGCAUACUGGUGCGCAUUUGUGUUUAUGUGUGACUGUAUUUAACAUCCGUUUGUGUGAAUGAGUGACUGAACGCGCACGUGGAGGUGGAAACGGCUUUUGGCUUUGGUGCCUUGCUUCGAUGUGAGAAAAAAAUAAAACAAAAAAAAAAACAAAACAAAAAAAUUCGCCACAAGUGACAGAUGGCAAUUUUAGUGGCCCUACAAUGCUGCAGUCCAUUAGCUUACAUUGAAACUUCCUUUUACUCUGUUUAAUUGCUCGGCUUAGUCUGCCCCAACAGUAGUAGAAUUAGGCUUUCUUUUUAAAGCAUGGCCAAUGAGUUAUUGAGUAAAAAAAAAA